AUGGCAAUUUAUGAAAAAAUUGUUAAUCCUGCUUUACCUUUUAAAGAUUUUUUUGUUGACUUUUGGGAUAAAGUUAUUUUUGAUUCUCCUCACCCUAGUGGUGGUCCUAGUGGCGAUAGACCCUCAAAAAAUUAUUCAGAGCAUUAUGAAGGAGACGAAAAGGUAAAAGAAGCUAUUAAGAAGUUUGACAGAGAAAAAAUAGAGAUAAAAACUAGUGAGGAAUUACUUUUGGCUGCCAAAGAAAAUUAUGUAGAUAAGAUUUAUAUAAUAAGUUCCUAUAAUGAGGGGAAACCUGGCAUGAUAGCAGGUGCGGCAAAGCAAAAGAAACAAUGA